UAUUUUUCCAGUUCUGCUCUCUCAACUCGGGAUUGUCCUGCAUUACCUGAACGUCCCAUCGGCAUUGCGCGCAUGCGCAUUGCCCUUCCGCCUGCCUUGACCGCCUUGACUUGACUCCUCUUCCGCCGCCAUCCCUCAUCCGAACGUGCACAUAAUCAUGAGCUUCACCGUGGAAAAGAGGGGCCUUGCCAACUCCCUGAGCUACCGCUUGUUCUUCAAGAAUUCGGAGGGGAAGUACAUCUCACCAUUCCAUGACAUACCAAUAUAUGCCAAUGAGGGACAGGACAUCUUUCACAUGGUGGUAGAAGUACCAAGAUGGACAAAUGCAAAGAUGGAGAUCGCCACAAAGGAUCUCUUGAACCCAAUAAAACAAGACGUGAAGAAGGGCAAGCUGCGCUACGUCGCUAAUGUUUUCCCCCAUAAAGGCUACAUGUGGAACUAUGGAGCCAUUCCUCAGACCUGGGAAGAUCCAGCGCACAAAGACGGAGACACCGGCUGCUCCGGGGACAACGACCCCAUUGACGUCUGUGAAAUCGGAUCCAAGGUGUGUUCUCGCGGCGAGGUGAUCACAGUGAAGGUUCUCGGGAUCCUGGCUAUGAUCGACGAGGGCGAGACUGACUGGAAAGUGAUUGCAAUCAACAUUGAGGACCCUGAAGCCAAUGAGCUCAACAACAUCACUGAUGUUCAGAGAUUGAAGCCCGGCUAUCUGCAGGCCACGGUAGACUGGUUCAAGAAGUACAAAGUGCCCGAUGGGAAGCCAGAGAACAAAUUUGCUUUCAAUGAGGAGUUCAAGGACAAGGACUUUGCCAUUAAAAUUAUCAAGCGCACUCACAACUUCUGGAAAGCUCUGAUUUGCCAACAGACCGACGGUGGUGAACUGAACUGCAGAAACACGUCCAUCUCGUCCAGUGACAGCCCUUUCUGCUGCUCGGUGGACGAGGCUAAAACUGCUGUCGGUGAUGCAUGUCCUUGUGAAAAGGUGGAGCCCAUCCCAUCAUCAGUCGAUAAAUGGUUUUACUACGACAAGAAGUAAUCUACAAGCUUACUGCAUGGGAGAACAAAGUGGACAUUUCAUCUCUCAUAGGCUUCCUUGAAGACGAUAGGAACUUUUGUAGCAGUGGAACGAGACAUUGCAGGUUUUGUAAGGUGUCUGUCUUCCUUAUGGAAUUGUGAGAUAGUGGGUCGAGAUUGUAGUGAUAUGGAAAAAAAAUGCAUUUAAUUCUUCCCUUAUUUAUCAAAAGCUUUCCCUACACAUGAGGUGGAGGUUUAAAACUGACACAGGUGCAACGCCUAUUAAUAUGUGUGCCAUGUAAGCUACACUGAAUUGCUUUAAUAAAGCUACGCUAGUAAAUGAUUAAUGACGUGGGAUGAUUCCCCACCCCUCCCCUCCACGCAAAUACAUGAUUGUGGUGGCGUUGUAUUGGUGCCAUCCAGUGUUCACUAUUAAAAAAAAAAAAAAAA